CAAACUUAAUUCCGAUUAUCAUUUUUGACCAAUCAGAAUCCAGUAUCCGGCCCUGCGCAUUUAACCCAAUAGACUGAAGAACAUUCACAAGCAGUUUAGACAAAAACGGAGGAAUUAGUAGCUUAUCAAUUUCAUCAAUUUUAUCGUAUUUAUCUUGAAUAUUACACUUCUGGAACUUGGACUACACAACAUAAGGAUAUUUACUAACUGUACGCAGCAGCUAUGCUGUUCAAAAUGGGAUUAAUGGUGUUUUUGGUCGGUGUUUUUGCCGUGCACGUUUCUGGUCUCGGGACUACCUCGCAACCUCAUCAUGCCCCGGCAUCAAAUGUGAAAACGACCCAUCGAGAAUGCCGCGAUGUCCUCCAACAUUUCGUUAAACACAAAAUCGGACAUCGGAAUUUAGUUCCCGAGAAUAAAAUCCAUGAUCCGAAGAUGGAGGUCUGCUAUAACGGGCAAACAAGCACCGAGCAGAAGUCAUGUUGCAGUCACAAGAUGGAGAAGAAAUACACCUCUGCGGCAGAAAUGGAUUUUAAGGAUUUGGUGCAGACGACCAGCUCGUAUCUCAAGAAUCUGAUUGCCACAAAUCAGGCGCAAUAUGAAGAGGAAUUCCUCAGUAUGAUCAGAAAAGCUGAAAAUUCAACAGACUCGCUUUUCGAUGGCAAUUUAUACAACAUAGCAUUAAAAGAUCGCCAGCCGCCACUGAGCAGCCUCUUUAUGGACUUACAGGCGUAUAUCAAACGAAAAGACGUCGAUAUUCACGAUAGCGUAAAAACGUUUUUCGAUGAUUUAUUCCCGUUGGUAUUCCAUAGUAUUCUGAAUGACCCCUCGGCAACAAAGCUGAAUGACGAAUACCGGGAAUGCCUCAUGGAAGUGCGGGAACAAGUCUAUCCACAUCCAUUCGGGGAAAUGCCCCACAAUAUUUCACGGGCCUUAAACCUGGCGUUCACGGACGCACGUCUCUUCUUGGAGGCCCUAGGAACGGCCAUCGAGGCGAUUAAUACCACCGACCACAUCAUCUUGGAUAGCCAGUGUCAAAAAUCACUCAUGAGGAUGAAAUAUUGUUCGCAUUGUAACGGAUAUACCACAGUUCGGCCGUGCAAAAAUUUCUGCGUUAACGUGAUGCGGGGAUGCCUCGCCAAAUUGCAGUCUCUUGACACGCAUUGGAAUAAGUUCGUCGACGCCAUGCAGGGGAUGGUUAACUUAAUGUCGGGACCGAACAGCAUCGAGAACGUCUUGACGAAACUUGCGGAUAACACAUCGGCAGCCAUCAUGCACGCCAUGGUCAACACACACAAAUUUUAUGCAAAGGUCAAGGCCAAAUGUGGUCACCUUCAGACUAGCCAGGGACACAGCAUCCAGCAGCCAGUCCACAGACAGGUGACGCCCUCUUACCGCGUCAGCUCCAGCUCCUCACUGCGAUUGGAUCAGCGCAUCUCUAUGUUCAUGCGGAAUCUACAAUCGUCUAAAGGAUUCUAUCACAGUCUGGCCGACACUAUGUGCACCAAUGACCAGUUUGCCGUGCAGUCACAUGCCGAUACGAAUUGCUGGAAUGGACAGGCCAUUGGACAUUAUAGGAAGAAUGUGACUGAGCUUACCCUAGAGGCCCAACUCAACCACAACCCCGAGAUGCACGUCUCCAGGAAGGGUGACAGGACAUUGGUUGCUCUACAGGAGAAACUGACUCACACAACCAAGCGUCUUAUGAAGUCCAAGAAACAAGACAAUAAACAGGAUGACGGGACGUACGUGAUCAGUUUCAACUACGGCGAAUCUGGCGAUGGAUCAAACCAGAAAAAAGGUCGCAAAGACGAUGGUGGGAAAGGCGAUGAUGAGGAUUAUGAUUAUUCUGGCUCCGGUAGCGGGAGUGGUGAUGGAAUGUAUAGAAUGCCCAACGGCGGUCGAGGAGGAACAUACCCAAUUGAUGAUAACAGCGAAAACGGCUUCACUAUUGAUGAUCCAAAGAGAGAAUACGAGAAUCGACACACUAAUUCUGGCAAAAAACCAAAAUCGGAUUCGAGUAAACGCGACAGUGCUGCCACCACCAGUCAUUUUAACGCGAUGUUGUUGAUAACGUCAAUUUCUAUAGUUCUGUGGUUGAACGGAUGAAAUGUUAUGACGAUUAAACAUGUAAAUAGACAAUAGAGACUGGAGGUAAAGAUUGAGUGGGAUUUUCCCACCAACCGUCGCCAAACUCGUAUGCUUUUCAAUAACCGUAUAUGUUUCUUUCUCGCUUCUUCGGCGGCGGUUUGUGGGAAAAUCUGGAAUGUGGAGAAAAGAAGCGCAUCUGAGCAAAAAUGCAAGAUCUUUCGUGCUCUGAAAUAGCCAUCCGAUUUUAUAUGAUCGUCAGUGUUGUUACCAUGGUUACAGAUAUACAGACAUUGUGAUUGGACGAUUAAUUAGGGGGAAAUAAUUAACGAUUUGGGGUUGUAUAAUCAUGUGGCUGGCGAUACAGUCUUCUUCUUCUUUAUAUUUAUAGGGGGCGUACUAAUCGUUGUUGAAAAAACGACAGAACUUAUGUUGUAAACCAAAGGAUGGGUAGUUGUUGGAUAAAAAUAUGUAACUAUCAUAAAAUAUUAAUGAAUUUGUAUAUGAAAUCAUUCAAAUCAACAUAGGUGUAAUAGAGUUACAACAGCAUGUGUUCAAAUUCAUCUCAGAUCAUCGCAAUUAGCAUUUUUACACAGGAAGUAUAUUUUCGUUUCACCCUGUAGGGCUAUACUUGAGAAUUCUAUCAUGCUUUUAAUCAAUCUCUAAAUUCUACUUCUUCAUUCUAAUAAUUUGAUAAAAGAAAGGAUUUCAUAAAAAGUUUCUGUAAAUGAUUUCAAGGACAGCCAACCAUGCACCCAGUGCAAGGAUGCAUACUUUUUGGGACGACCUGUAGAACGUUGAUAUGUGUUGCAUAUAUGAAAACAUCGAUGUAUUUCACGAACUUCAAUACGCGGGUGACACGAUGAAUAUAUUAUGAUGUUGACACGUGGAUGUAUUCAGUUGUAACAUUUUAGAUGUGAACUUGGUGUGAACAUUUCUUGGGUGUAAUCAUCAUACAUGUACAUUACAUGUCUAGGUCAGCAUGAGGUUUCAUGUUCAAACACGCAUACACGCCUGCAUGAGGUUUUAUCUAUCUGAGAGGUUGGUGUGAGUGAUGUUGUGGCAGGAGUAAGUUCAACUUAGCUGUCUCAUCAUUCACUUUUUUUUACGUGAUUCCAAAUUUUACCAGUUUUAGGCCAACAAAGAUACGAUUAAAGAGAAAAGAAGUUCCAAAAUGAAUUGUGUCGAAAUCAAAAUCCGAAUCGGAGAGAUUAGCAAAAUAGUUUGUUGGUUAUGUUUCAAACCUUAACUUCUCGUCAAUUCUGAAGACCUAUGAUAUCACCAUUGAAUCACUCUUCAGUCUUUCCUGCUUUGUUUCAAUCUAGACAGCCGUAAUCCCUUGUGCAAAUUGUAACUGUCACUCUGUGCAUUUAUAUGGGGCAAUUUUGACAAAUCUAGGUUGAAAUCAACUCGACUCUGUAUCAUUGCUUGAACAACCUAUUACACCUAAAGUACAAAAAUGGAUUAUUCCCGCGUUAAAGGUGAGAAUUCAUUUCGGACUAGCCCAUUCUGUGCUUUAGGUGUGAUAGGUUGAUAUUUUAACAUCAUCACGUGCACAUGUUGGAAUCUUUUUUAUGAUGUCUGAGGUCUUAAUAUACAUGUAGUCAUAACAAUUGUUUUAUAAUAAUGAUAAUGAUAUUAAUGUAUUCACAUAUAGUGCGUAGUGCCGACACAGAUGUAAAGUGUUAAUCAAUAUUGGGUACAUUGGGGUUCUGUAAAACCUUGGAUUAUAAUUGGGGGGGGGGGGGGAUGUUAUCAAAAGUUCUGGCUCUGACGUGUUACAAUUUAUGAAAUGUACAUCGUGAUUUGAACAGACAUGGUUGUGUAGACUAUUGUUGGUGAGAGGGCUCGAGUUUGUCCUGCCCUCUUGUCAGAAGGACGGACUUGAGGACCGAAGGCAGGUUGUCCGAAGUUAAUGUUGGAAAGAUUGUCCAAUCGUUUUCAUGGGCAUGUCUGUACUUUCACUGCAAUCGAUGUGAGUUUCAACAACAUUUUCAUCACAAAUCUAGACUUGCUCGUUCAUCUAGAAUUUGUGACUCUUGUUUUGAAUUCAGGGAUGCGUUAGGACGCGUCAGUUCGGUCGUAAUAUCGUGACGUAAAUAUACACUCAUUGUGCUUAAGUUUGUAUUAGAUUCAAGACGAUGUUUCUGUCUGCCAAGGACGAAAUCUAUUAAUCUAGGCUAGUACUGAUCCUAGUUCAAUGGAGUGAGGGUCGCCCCCUCAGUCUUGGGGAUGUACAGAAGAUACAAUAUACCGUAUGUACUUAGAGUAUCAUGAUCACAAAGCAUGCCAAGUUACGAUUUUCUUUCCCAAAUUGGAAAGAAGUUUUUAAAAGUCACAAAACUUUUGAAGGAUUAUACCUUUACAAAAAGAACAAAAUUCUUCCGUAAAUUUCCAAGACUGAGAUUCCGAGAAUACUGAAAGAUUCCCUCACUCUUAUUCUGUCCAUUUUAUGCAUGCGCCGGAGAAAAUUAACGAGUUUUCACCACAUUUUAUCAAUUAUUUAUUGCUGUUUAAGCCCGGCUUGGGUUGCGGUUGGCAAAUUUGCCAAUAGAUGGAGCUUAUAUGGAAAGCCUGGCAAAGCUGUUGUAGUGUGGUUAGUUCUGCAUUCAGUCUAUAGAUGGUGCUGUGGAAUAUUAUCAACAUUGGACUCGUGGAGACAUGGGGAAGAUUGCUCUCGAUUGGCAGAUUCAUUUCCAAAAUUGUUCAAUUCUAUUGACUACUGCUAGUCAGUUAUGGAAACUCACUUAUAUCGCCGCAGCAACAGCUGGUAACAUCAUGUUGCUAUGGCAAAUGAAUAUGGUGGCUAUGGCAACAACAGGGUUGCUGUAGAAACACGCAUUGUUUCCGUGGAAACUGAGUGAGAUAAAUACCUUUCCUCCUUGUGACUUAGACUCUGAGCAGUUUUCUCAAAAAAAACCUCCAGUGUGAAUGUGCUCCGGUAAAAAUGAAUUGAAGGGUCGGUAUUGCCCAUCGUACACAAUCAAAUGUCUGGUCCGGUUUUCUGAACAUGCUCAUUCAGGUCCUACAUGUGGGCAGUAAUAUUCAAGCCUUAUGCCCUGAACCAGUAUUUUCAGAAAGUUGAGUGAAAAACUUGAAGUGCGUAAUGAAAUUUUAUUCUCUGUAACAAAAAUUUGCUUUUGUGCUGUGGGCAGAUGAUUGUUUUCCUUCCUGAGCACACACAAACGCAAUACCAAAUGUUGUUGACAAUUAUUGUGUAUUUGUUUAUUUUUUCUAGACCAUGGUUAGUUUGCAUCAAUUUUUUUGGCGCCAGUACCCCUCGUCUGUAUGAAUUGUAAAUGUGGAGCAGGCAUUUUCCAAGCGGCGACAAGGUUUUCUCAAAAUGUGGCGAAAUUGCAGCUGAGACUCCUUUGGGAAAAUUUCAUAUUUGGACAAUUUCUGUAUCUUGGGGAGUCGGUCCGGAAUCUGUGAAAUACUUGAGGUUAAAAGUCAAAUUUGCUCCAUUUUGAAGUGUUGAUAAUUUCUUCAAAUUUGGUGCCGAAAAGUGACAAUUUCCUUUUAAUAAUUUCGUCUUAACAAAUUCACCGAGAUUGCACCACUGUGACAUAGUUUACUGAUGGAAUGAUCUGGGGAAGCCACCUGGUGACCUCUAGAAGAAGCUUGUCUUCGGACUUAUUUGCAAUGUGUUGAUUCAAAAAUAUCAUGCUUCUGUAAACAGCAAAACUAAUUUUUCCUAUGUGAGAUUUAAUGUCAUUCUGACGCUACGUUUCGCUUUACUUUCAAAAAGAUCUCGAAAAAAUUCUUCAAAAUUUUUACAAAUGAUGAAGCUAUUUUUUGCAAUAGUUGUUGAAAACGUUGUCGCCCCUCAUCUAGUUUUGUACAUAGAGUUAAACCUAGCGAUGAUAGCAAACUGUACAAAGCCUUAGUCUAGUUGAUUCAUGUACGUUUUAGCGGGUUGCCGUGGCGACGUGACUGCCACCUGGUGGGAAUAUGAUGUAUUAAGAAAUCAAUAGUGUCAUGUAUUGUUCUGUAUGUGAUGGUUCAGUUUCUUAUUAUAAAUAUUGUCGACUUUUGAGUUGUUAAACGGAGAGGCGUUGUAGUAUUUUGGUUUGUAAUGCGGGCAACAGUUUCUGCCCAAAAUUUUAGUUGAACUGGAUUUGUAAAGUCAGCUUACAGUUGCUGUUUUAACUUCAUCAGAUUUUUUGUUUUAAGUGCAUCAGAUUUUUAAUCACGAUAUGAUUCUUUGUCUGUAAGCAAGGACCACAACCCAUUAUGUUUAAUUCUUUUAAGAAAACCCAAUCGCUGCAAUGAUUUCAAUUAUAAUUGUAGAAAUUUUACAGUUCUUCAAUCGAAUCUGAAAAUUCUCUCACCCUUAAUCGGUGCAUUAAUGAGAUUUUAUGUUUUGUUGUCCAACUCUAUUACUCUGGUAAUUUGCCAGUUUUCCACUUUUCAUACAUUUACAACUUUGGGUUUACGAAUCAAUCCUUAGAGAGUAAUACAUCAAGUAAUACAUUAAGUCAUUGAUUAAGUAAUGGAGUAUUACUCUCUCCAAUUCUUACGUAAAACAUCCCCAACUCCAAACUUAUGGACUUGUCCUAUAAGACAAACAGCCAGUUCCUCUCUGGACCAGUCCACUUUAACAGGGGGGUAUGGUACUCUUAAUAAGAGAUUAGCAACCUUUCAUUGACAGAAAAACAGUACUUACUUAAAUUCUACUCAAGUACAGUCCGUUGCCUGACAUCUUGUGCAACCCUUAAAAUAUACUGUGAUAUUAUUACAGAGGCUACAAUUGGAAAUCACCUCACGUUACUCAAGAAUUCGUUGUCAACAUAUUUGUUUUCCUUGGCACCGUCUCUUGUCGCCACCUAGGAUGUUAACGGCAAAAUGAUGACCUCAUGUCAGUACAACAGCAGUGUGGUCGCAUACCAAAUGUCAUAGCGUAUUUUCGUUAUGGGUGUUAUCUGUCUUUCACUGUUGUCACAUGAUCGUUUUGCCAUCCAGUAUGGCGGCACGACACAACAUUAUGAUCCUUUGAUACAGCCCUAAUUAACUAUGACCAUGACCUUUUUUUUAAAAGACACCAUAAUGGACAAGUCUAAUUAUCUGCUGAGGCGAUUUGGUAAAACGUUUCUCCAUCUUGGUAGGAUUACACUCUAUAGUAACACCACUUCCGUUAAAAUUUCCACUUUCCAAAAAUGCCCUCUUAUAUAUUAUCAUGUCGAGGUUGUUCUCGUCGGGAAUCAAAGUAUUUGAUUUUACCCGCCGACAAUCUGGUGUAGUGUUUACUCCUUCGUGUUGACAAUUUGGUGCCCAAGUUUAUCGUGUGUUUGACGGUGCCGAAGUAGAGUUUGUUUCUGAAUUAUCAGUCGAGGCCUAUUUCAUCAGUUUGCUGUAUUUCAAAGGUAAUAUGUAAUAAUCAAAUGUCACCAAUAUCUAUGAGGCGAGUAUUUUAUAAGCCUUCUCCCCAAGUUUUUUUUGCUUCUUUAAACAAAUCACGCAGAAAAACGUACUUAUAAAAAUCAUGUUGAGAUUAAAUGUUUGAAAAUGGACAGGUAAUUUUAUAUGAAUUUAGAAAAUUUGACAAUUAAAUUUAUGUCUAGUUGUUAUGUUAGCCCUAUCUGUGGUGACCAUAUUCUUUGUCAAUAUUUAUUGAACUUUAAAGCACUGAGGGUUGCAUUAGAACAUUGCGAAAGAAAAAAGUCUGUCAAAAGACAAUAUUUUUCCACACUGCUCCUAAUUGAGGAUAUCUAAUUUAAUUGACAUUUUAAUUGAAAUUUCCUGUUGACCUGUCAAUCAUUGUGGUGACACUUAAAACAAACCCUCAGUCUUUAAUUAUAUUGGUAAAGUGGCCUUAAUGUUAAUUAAAAUCUAGAAACAUCAAAUUUGAAAUGGGUGACCUCUUGGUGUCUGCCCAGUUUAUUGAUUCGAGGGUCAUUUUUGUAAUGUUUUGAAGGUCACUUUGGGAUAUCAAGCAUACUCAUUACGGCAAAGAACAAACUUCGAAAUCGCUUCAUUUAUUUUUAAAACUGCUUUGGUUUCAAUUCGUUCCUGCACAAACACUAGAUGUAAACUAUGUAUGAAUAUGAGUCAUAAAUUUACAAGCAACUUCAUAAUCCUUUCAAUUUAUUUUGCGAAAUUAUGAAAUUUUGUGAUACACCAAUUACAAUAUAUGGAUAUUCCAAAAUGCUUAUCAUUGUGAAAGGUCGUUGGAAUGCUUUAGUGAUGGACACUAGCUGCAGCUGUGUUUGGUUGUCAGUGCGGCUUGUUGCAAUGGUGACUGAUGUUACCAUGGUUACAGAAAUGGUUGCUAUGGCAAAAUGUGUGUUGCCAUAGAGUGUCUAUAAGGAGAUCAGGUACAUCGUUUUUCUUCGAAACUUGAACAGUUAACGUUACACACUUUUCACAUCUUUCAAAUUUUUGGCGUCCCAUUAACGCAUGAAGUUUGUAUUUCUAGAAAAGUUGUACCUGCACCUAGUGGCCAUGGGAUAUAUAUUUUCACCACUCCAGACAAGCCAGGGGGUGGUGUCCUAUUUCACUAACUCCGCAAAGCAUGUCGACUGGUUAAGAUACAAUGUUAUAUAACGUAUUAACUGCGUAGCAUUUAUGUGGAUAGGCGAUUUCAUCUCGGCUAGAGCAGCCCAGCCACCGAGGGGCGCUUUAUUUGGGGAGGGUCUUAGUUAAUUCAGCGGGUCCUGAAUUCAGUUACUCGAUGUUUAUUUAUUGUGCAAAUGAAGAGUGGGAUGUGACCGAGAGGGUUGGAGUGAUCACUUUGAGACGAAUGCUGAGAAAUGAGAAGAAAACAUUGCUUAAGUAAGGCAGCACACAGGUGACUAAGUUGUGCUUGACAUUGAUACAUGUAUGAGGACAGCAAUGCCCAGAUAAUCACUUUUUUGCACCUCGAUUUCAGUCGCCUGUAUGUGCUAAACUAAAAGCAUUUCAAAUCAUACUAAUACAAGGUUAAGUUGGUAAACUCUCUGCAUUUGCUUCUUUCAAACCAAAGUGAUCCUUAGUUCUCUCAGCUUGUCCAUAUCUGUGUUUGAACAAAUGCUGUGUUUCACCCUUAGUGUGCUCGACAGUCCUCUACCAUUCGUUGCCUAAGGCUAACUCGGGGUGCAGGAAAUCCAGGCACACCAAGGCUGAGACUUAUCAUUUUGCAUGUUUGUGUUCGAGCACAUUACGGAGUACUGCAAUACACAUCUUUGUUAACUUCUCUCAAGAGUGGUGUGGUGCAAUUCUCAGCCGAGAUCAAAUUUGGUAGUUAAUUUGUUGAUAUUUUGCAGAAAACACAAAUCAUUUCUGCUGUGGAAACAUCCUCGUACCUAGGAAACUCAAAACGUCUUCAAUCUACGUGUUCAGGAUGUAACUGGCCGUCCAAUGGCAAUGGUUUCUAUGCGUUUCUUUGGUAACCAUGAUGUUUCCAUAGCAACUAGAAGUAUCUUGGAUUGUAACCAUACCAUUGAAGUCUCAUGUGUGAAUUUGAAAGGAACAAUAAAAAUUACUCUUCUUGAAAAA